AACAGGGAUAAAGCUUGCCAGAGAUUUCCUCUCGUAUUGAUCCCAUUCGCUGCCAGAGAGCUGACAGACCCGGCCCCCAGGAGAAGUGGAGCACCGGACAAGAAGAAGAGGUCACCAUGGUGCAAAGAGUUGCCAUUAUUGGAGCUGGGGUGAGUGGCCUGGCGUCCAUCAAAGCCUGCCUGGAAGAAGGACUGGAGCCCAUCUGCUUUGAGAGAAGUGAUGACAUUGGGGGACUCUGGCAGUUCACAGAUUCUGCUGUGGAUGGCAGAGCCAGCAUUUACCGCUCGGUGUUCACCAACUCCUGCAAAGAAAUGACGUGUUUCUCAGACUUCCCUUUCCCAGAGGAUUUCCCAAACUACCUGCACAACACCAAGCUUCAGGAAUAUAUCCAAAUGUUUGCCAAACACUUUGACCUUGUGAAAUACAUCAAGUUUAAGACCCUUGUGAUCCGUGUGAAAAAACGCCCGGAUUUUACAAUCACUGGCCAAUGGGACGUUGUAACAGAAACAGAUGGAAAAGUGGAAUCGGAUGUGUUUGAUGGUGUCAUGGUUUGCUCUGGGCAUCACGUUUAUCCAAAUUUUCCAGCGAAUAGCUAUGCUGGGAUAGAAAAGUUUAAGGGCAGAUUCUUCCACAGCCGGGAAUACAAAGGAGCUGAAAACUUCAAAGGGAAGAAGGUUCUGGUGAUUGGUCUCGGGAAUUCUGGCUGUGACAUCGCUGUGGAGCUGAGUAAUACUGCCUCACAGGUUUAUCUCAGCUCUAGAAGUGGAUCCUGGGUGAUGAGUCGUGUUUGGGACAAUGGUUACCCUUGGGACAUGGUGACCAUUAAUCGCUUUGAUAAUUUCCUUGGGAAUAUCCUCCCUACAGCAAUCACUGACUGGUUGUAUGUAAAGCAAAUGAACAAAUGGUUCGAUCAUGAGAACUACAGCUUGAUGCCAUUAAAUAGAACUCUGCGCAAGGAGCCAGUGUUCAACGACGAGCUCCCGAGCUGCAUCACGUGCGGCACUGUUGUGGUGAAGCCCAGCGUGAAGGAGUUUACGGAAACUUCUGCCAUAUUCCAGGAUGGGACGGUGCAGGAAGACCUUGAUUAUGUCAUCUUUGCAACAGGCUACAGUUUUGCCUACCCGUUCAUGGAUGACGAGUCCAUCCUCAAGUGCAGGGACAACACAGUCACCUUGUACAAAAGCAUCCUUCCCCCUAAGCUGGAGAAACCAACUAUGGGAGUGAUUGGCUUAGUCCAGUCUCUCGGAGCAACUAUUCCAACUGCGGACAUCCAGACUCGUUGGUUCAUAAGAGUCUUCAAGGGGUUCUGUAAGCUGCCUUCAGAAAGCAGCAUGAUGGAUGACAUCGAUGAGAAAAUGGGGAAGAAACUUAAAUGGUAUGGCCAGAGCGAUACGCUGCAAACAGAUUACAUCACCUACAUGGAUGAACUCGCCUCUGUGAUAGGCGUCAAGCCCAAUGUUCCACUCCUCUUCCUGACAGACCCCAAAUUGGCUCUGCAAGUUUAUUUUGGCCCCUGCAGCCCAUACCAGUUUCGCCUGAUGGGACCAGGGAAGUGGGACGGAGCCAGAAAUGCCAUCCUGACCCAGUGGGACCGAACACUGAAGGCCACGAGGACCAGAGUUGUACACAGUUCUCAGAACUCUUUCCCACUCUUUGCUUUGCUCAAAAUAUUGGUAAUCUCUCUCCUCCUGGUUGCUAUUUUUAUGGUGUUCAACUGAUUGAUCUCUGGGCCGAACAAGAUGCAACAGCAGCAGCUUCAACACUAGCUUUAUCCAAUUGUGCAGAAAGAAAGGGGAAAGAAAAAAGGGACUUGCAGGUGAGAGAUGCAGAAUCAUCUCCCCACCGGUGCCUUACCUGAUCUCCAAGUAUCUCCCCCUAACUCAUCAGUUCCAGCUUUACAGCUUUUGGGAGCUCCAGAAAGUUAAAUCCAAAGUAGACAGGGCAUGUGUGAAUUCUGCACUGCUCAUCUGCGUAGCCCUUUGCCUUUAAAAACUGGAAGCUCUCACUCUUGCUUUUUCUACAUGAGUGUUUGUUUAAACACGAAGAACUUCCCCUGUCACAUCUCGCUUGGUUCAAAGGGAAGGUAGCAUACAGCAGAUAACAAAAAGAGGAAGGAGGUCUUUUCAGUAUAUUGCAAAGCAUGUGGUAGCCAAGAUCGAGGCCGUGAGCUCAAAAACACCAGACGUAGGGGCAAAUGCAAAAGGAAGGUAGGGGUAUAGCCUGGUUCUUACAGCUACCGCUUCAGACUUCAGGUGGGGCACAAGGACCAAAUGCUCCUCUGACCCCCCAAAACGUUACUCCAUAUAGAAAAUAGCACUUCUGGAGUUCUAGCCUAAUCUUAAAGGUAAAGGUAGUACCCUGUGCAAGUACCGAGUCAUUGCUGACCCAUGGGGGGGACGGCACAUCACGAUGUUUUCUUGGCAGACUUUUGUAACGGGGUGGUUUGCCAUUGCCUUCCCCAGUCAUCUACACUUUACCCCCAGGAAACUGGGUACUCAUUUUACCGACCUUGGAAGGAUGGAAGGCUGAGUCAACCUUGAACGUAGACUCCAACCAGUUGUUCAUUUAGUCUCAGCAUCCUGUAUCCCACAGUGGCCAAGCGGUUGCUCUGGAGGGCCAAACAAAUAUGACACAAAGGCCAGUGUUAUCUCCUGGCACCGGGGCUCAGUGAUUUUCUGCAUCUGGAUGGGGAGGUUCCUUUUUAAAGUUAUCUUGGCUAGUAGCCAUUGAUGGUCCUAUCCUAUCCUCCUUUAGUCUGUCUCUAAUUCUUUUUUGAAGCCAUCUGUGCAAGUGAACAUAGAACAUAAGAUGUACAUUGCUGGAUCAGACCAGUGGACACUCUAGACCACUCACACAGCGGCCAAUGAUUUGCCCUGGAUGGCCAACACACAAGGCGAGAGAGGCCAAAGCUCCCCCUUACGUUGCCUCCUAGCACUGGUAUUCAGAGGUUUACUGCUUUUGGAGAUUCCCUUUAGCCAUGAUGCCUGGUAGCAAUCAUCACGUUUUCUGUGCCUGGAAAUGUUUUGUACAGAAAAGCAUUCAGUCAUGUGACACCCCCACACACCACGGUACAGACUGGAACAAAAGUAUAUUUACUCAUCUGCUAUUUGUGAGAACUAUAGGUCCUAAUCCUGGCUCCCUGCUGGUAUACUUUCAGAAACAAACUAACUAAUGUGAGAAAAGGCCCAUUGAAUAUUGUAUUAAACAAAUAAAGGCGAGUCCCACACUUAAUUCCUUGUCCCAAAGCCAAUCUGCUUUGAUGAUAUGCUGGUGCUAAAGAAGAAGAGAAAACAGGAGGAAUGAGGAAGGGGAAAAAAAUAAAACAAUGUAAGGCUUACACCCCCUCAGAACUUAAUAGCCUGGAAGAGCUGAAGACAGACCACCCUACACAAUCGGGUUUCUAGUAAGGCAGGACCACUUUUCCCAGACCCAAAUCACUUCCUGUACAGCCACACAACAGCUGUGGGGAGUGGCAUUUGCCCUCAGGGGUCCGAUUCUUCUCAGGAGAAUGACAUGAAGGGAGGGAGCUCCAAGCAGAAUCAGCCCCCGUGGGCUUCUAAAAUGCAGCUUGAAUCGUGUAACUUUAGAGAAAAAGGGAGAGUGAUAAAAACAUGGUUCCCUGGAUGUACCACUAAUCAUAUAAUUCAUGUUAUCCAAUGCGGACUCUCUUUCUGCAAGAUCAGCCCAGUUUCCUUUACCCAGGCCUGCUAUGGGGUGUGUGAUAUUUUGCUGUUUGCCCACUUAACACUAAGAAUUACAUUGCAGACUUGAUCUGUGAACCAAAAAGCUGUCAGUCCCAAGUAGAGAUGGGCACGAACCUGAAAAAAACCGAAUCAUGUGGUUCGUAGUUCGUCAAAUUUCACAAACCAUGAACCAUGAACUUUCACGAACCUGCCCUUGGUUCGUGAACUGGUUCAUUUGGUUCGUGAAAAUGUCACAUCCAGGUCAGAAAAUCAUCACUUUCGGGUCAGCAGAAGGUCUGCAGGAUGUCUAUCCCCUGUUACCUAGGAAACUGAUUGAUUGGCACCAGGCUGUCUGCAGUGACAAACCAAAAAGUGAACCAAACGAACCAGCGUAAAAUUUCAUGGCAGUUUGUCAGAAAUGGGAUCUGACAAACCCUGGUUCAUGAACCACGAACCGGCCUGGUUCAUGCUUAAUUUUGGUUCAUAUUUCAGGUCGUGCCCAUCUCUAGUCCCAACCAGGACUGAACAGAUCUGUUAUCGAAUCAAAAUAUCAUGCCCCAAAAGCAUUCUGAUGACCAAAGUUUAGGAAUUUUUAAUUAGGUUUGCUGUGUGUCUAAGGGGUGGGGAUGGAGGUGGGACAGGCAAAGAUUCAUGAGCUUGCAACUGAUCAAUAAAAGGUAUGUAUCACA